AACUGAAAGAAAAGAAAAAGAUUUAUGUCUUUGUUUAUUGAAAAAUGGAGUAAUAUACCUCAGAUGCCUGUUUGCUUGCUCAUUUAUUCAUGAUUCUCUCAUAAAGUAAUAAAGUAAACACAUCUUGUUUAGUGCAGGAGAGAAGAGGAACCUUCGUUAGCCUCCUCGUGCUUCAAAGGGGGAAUGAAAACACCGUCGGACUCAUGUGCGCAUGUGCUGCGGCCAGCUUCCUGUUGUGCAGGCUGACGGCUGUCUGGUGUGUCUGGGGUUGACAUAUUGUGAAGAGCGGAGGAGCGAUGCCUUUCCUCCAUGGGUUUCGUAGGAUCAUAUAUGAGUAUCAGCCGCUGGUUGAUGCUGUCAUGUGUGUUCUUGGACUGGAGGAAGGAGACCGCAGUCACGAGGACAGAGUCAGGAGCCCCGAGGACGAGUCUGGUCUCUGUGACUCUCUAGCGGAGCUCCUGGAGCGGGAGUCCCAGUCAGAAGUGUUUUCAGAAGGCAUCAGCUAUUCUCUGUUUAAGAUGGCAGAGGGGGGACUGAUGUUCGCCGCUGUAGUCCUUCUACGCUAUGGAGCUGAUAUCAACUUUGAAGACCCAGUGUCUUACUACAAUCCUCUACAUAUAGCAAUUUUGAGGAACAAGCCAAACAUGGUGAGGCUGCUGGUCGGGUACGGAGCAAACGUUGAAAAGAGAGACAGGAUCCAUGAGAGCAGUCCUUUGGAUCUCGCCAGUGAGGAGUCGGAGAGGCUCCCCUGCCUGCUCGCCCUGCUGGACCUGGGUGCUGAUGUGAAUGCAAGGGAUAAACACGGAAAAUCACCUCUGCUCCACGCCUUGGCAAGCAGCGAUGGACUCACUGUGCACAACACCGGGAACAUCCAGCUUCUUCUUCAGAGAGGUGCCGACGUUAACGCUGCUACUGUAGACGGUGAAACAGUUGAAUCCUCCUUGGUGUUCCUGGUUAAGGAGGCUCUGGAGGCCAACGCGGAGGACGCUGCUGAGAUCGGUAACUUCUGCUUAAGAACCACACGGCUGCUGCUGGCUCACGGCGUGGACCCCAGCUGCUGUCUGAAUGAAGACGGCGAGCCCUCCCUGACGCAGACGAGCCUGGAGCACUUUGACCUGCUCUUCCCUCUUGCUGUGCUCUUAAUCCAGAGCGGAGCCUCUUUGGUUUGCUCCUAUCACGGCGACUCCUGUUGGUCGGGUUACAGCCUCCUUUUCCAGCGGCUCCAAACGGCCCUGCAGCAGUGCCCCGAUCAAAGUCACGCCUCGGAGCUUCUGGAGCAAGCUGAGGUGUUGCUCGACUUGGCGAGGGUGGACGACCCCGGGCUGCAUCUGCCUCUCAGGCUGGAGCUCCCCGUGCCCGGUCGGGACCCUCACCCUUACGCUCAGGCUCUGGCAGACCUGCACGACCGCGUAGUAGAGCAGGAAACGAGCCCUCCUGCUCUGCGAUGCCUUUGUAGGGCAUUCAUAAGGAGCCACCUCCAGCCUUGGCCCAUGGAAGACCGAGUCAAAGCCUUGCCAUUACCAGACAGACUGAAAGACUUUAUUCUUCCUGAGCGCACGUAUACACCAAAGCCCGGCUGGGAGUGCUUUAAGCCCCAACAUAGCCAGGGCUGACGAUAUAAACCACUGACCAGUGUGUUUUACCUAAAAAUCUAAGUUUAAAUUGAAAGACUGAACAGACCUGUAGUAAUUUGAAUAAAACGUCUGAGCCUUUUCACCAUAAAUUAACCUAAACCUAA